AUGUCCCCACCCUGGCUUUGGUAUCUUCUCUUCGCACUGACAUUUGGGGAGUUGGAUGGCGGAGACCGGGAACUGCAGAGGCAGGAACGAAACGCUGACCGUCAGCAGCCGCGCAUGUCAGCAGAGAGGGGGAAUUUAGUGUUCCUUACGGGGCCUGCUCAAAACAUUGAAUUUAGAACUGGAUCCCUGGGGAAAAUUAAAUUGAAUAACGAAGACCUUGGCGAAUGCUUACAUCAGAUCCAGAGAAACAAAGAUGAUAUUACAGAUCUAAAACGGGGUGCCGGUGGCCUGCCGCUAAAUGUUUCUAACCACAUCCACCUGCUGAAUUCCAAGCUGGCUGAGCUCGAGAGGACGGUGGAGCGCUUGGAGCAGACAGUGGCCAGGAAGGUGUGUGGCAGCAACCCCUGCCAGCACGGUGGAACCUGCCUCAGCCUGCACGACGCCUUCUACUGCAUCUGUCCCCCGCAGUGGCAGGGUCCUCUCUGUGCCACGGAUGUUAACGAAUGUGAGAUCUACUCAGGAAGCCCCCUGGGCUGCCAGAACGGAGCCACGUGUGUGAACACCGCAGGGAGUUACAGUUGCCUGUGCUCACAUGAGACUUACGGUCCCCAGUGUGCAUCCAGAUUUGACGACUGUGAAAGGGGUUCCAAGGAGCUCUGCGUCCACGGCAUCUGUGAGGACCUGGUCCGCCAGCAGGCUGGAGUGCCCAACUACAGCUGCGUCUGCGACGCGGGGUGGACAGCGCCGGCCCCGCCCGGCAGCCCGGCCUGCACGGAGGACGUGGAUGAGUGCCACCUGCCCGCCUCGCCCUGCUCGGCCCUCGUGCCGUGUGUCAACACCCCCGGCUCCUUCUACUGUGGGGCCUGCCCCCCAGGCUGGCAAGGAAAUGGAUACAACUGCGAAGACAUCAACGAAUGUGCAGUGGAUAACGGCGGCUGUUCUGUGGCCCCACUUGUCGAGUGUGUGAACACAGACGGAUCUCACCACUGUGGGCCUUGCCCGCCAGGGUUCCAGGGCGAUGGGCGGGUGUGCACGCUCGUGGAUCUCUGUACAGUGAACAACGGCGGCUGCCACCAGCAAGCGUCCUGCUCUUCAGUGCUAGGUUCCUUGCCUCUCUGCACCUGUCUCCCAGGAUAUACUGGACAUGGUUAUGGGCCAAAAGGAUGCCAGAAACUCAGUGACCUCUGCCUAAGUCGUCCCUGUUUAAAUGGACAUUGCACCGAAACGGUGUCUGGUUAUCUCUGUAACUGUGAACCAGGCUGGGCUGGUGUGAACUGCACAGAAAACAUCAACGAAUGUGCAAGCAACCCCUGUUUGAAUGGGGGUACUUGUGUUGAUGGUAUUAACGGUUUCAGUUGUGAAUGCACGCCCUUCUGGACUGGAACUUUCUGUCAGAUACCCCAGCAAGUUUGCGGAGGGUCCCUGUCAGCCGUCGAUGGAAGCUUCAGCUACAAGAGUCCUGAAGUCGGUUACGUUCACGAUGUCAACUGCUUCUGGGUUAUCAGAAUCGAGGAGGGGAAGGUGCUGCGUGUCACUUUCAGCUUUUUCCAGCUGGAACCUGCGACCAACUGUCCGAGCGAGUUUCUUCAGGUCUACGACGGUGACUCCUCGGCCGCCUUCCAGCUCGGGAGGUUCUGCGGCACCCAGCGGCCCCAGCCCGUCCUCAGCAGCGACAACGCGCUCUUCUUCCACUUCUACUCAGAGCAUCUGAGCAGCGGGAGAGGCUUCACGGCCCGGUGGGAGACCCAGCAACCAGAGUGCGGAGGUGUGCUGACCGGUACCUAUGGUUCUAUCGUCUCUCCGGGCUAUCCUGGAAGCUAUCCAUCAGGAAGAGAUUGCGUUUGGAAAGUGGUAACUUCGCCUGACCUUCUGAUAACAUUUACUUUUGGAACUUUGAGCCUGGAACACCAUGAUGAUUGCAGCAAAGAUUAUCUUGAGAUCCGAGAUGGUCCUCUGAAGCAGGACCCUGUCCUUGGGACAUUCUGCAGCAGCCUCUCCCCGCCACCGCUCCGCACGACCGGUCCCUUCGCCAGAGUCCAUUUCCAUUCCGACAAGCAGAUCAACGACCUCGGCUUCCACAUCACCUACUUAACGUCACCGAGUGAUUUACCUUGUGGAGGAAAUUACAGUGACCCAGAGGGUCUCCUCUCUCUGGAGCUGCCGGGGCCAUUCACUGACAACAGACAAUGCAUUUAUAUUAUCACGCAGCCUCCGGGAGAGCAGAUACAGCUCAACUUCACCCACGUGGCGCUGGAGAGCCAGCCUGGCGGGUCUCAGUGUCACCUCGAGGUUCGAGAUGAUCAAACCUUACUUGGGAAAGUCUACGGCAACGACACCCUUUCUCACAUUAAAUCCAUUACCAAUAGCGUCUGGGUCAGACUUCGAGUUGACGCUUCUGUGGUCAAAGCUAGCUUCCAAGCUGCCUAUCAAGUUGCGUGCGGGGGUGAGUUGACAGGAGAAGGCAUUAUUCGCUCUCCCUUUUACCCUGCUGUGUAUCCCGGGGAGAAGACCUGUAGGUGGAGCAUCCGCCAGCCCCAGGGCCAAGUCGUUCUUCUUAACAUCACUGACUUUAAAAUCGGGACAUCUUCCCACUGUGAUACAGAUUAUAUGGAGAUUGGUAGCAGUUCCGAUCUGGGUUCUCCUGAAAACAAAAAGUAUUGCGGCACAGAAAUAUCUUCAUUCAUAACAUCCACAUAUAAUUUUCUUUAUAUAAUAUUUGUGAAAAGUUCUUCUACUGAAAACCACGGUUUCAUGGCCACAUUCAGUACCACAGACUUGGUGUGUGGAAAAGUCCUUACAGAGCCUACAGGAGAAAUUCAUAGCCCGGGCUACCCAAAUUUCUACCCUCACGGGGUCAACUGUUCGUGGCAUAUACUAGCCCCGCCUGGCUACCUGAUUCAUUUGACAUUUGUGACGUUUGACAUGCAGUUUCAUUAUAAUUGCACAGAUGACUAUCUGGAAGUGUAUGACACUGGUUCUAAGACAUCUCUUGGAAGAUACUGUGGACAAUCAUCCCCACCCUCUCUUGUAAGCAACAGCAACUCUCUAGAGCUGAUAUUUGUGACUGACUCUGACAUCGCUGAUGAAGGCUUUUCAGUAGAAUACAGAACAAUGAACUCGUCUUCAGUGUGCUUGGAAAACUAUACAAAUAAAACUGGAGAGAUCAAAUCUCCAAACUUCCCUUUAAAAUACCCCCACAACUGGAAAUGCAUUUAUAGGAUCACAGUAGAGACCAACCAGCAGAUAGCUCUGCACUUCAAAAAUUUCUCCUUAGAGGAGGCCAUUGGUGGAGAGUGUAUAGGAGAUUUUGUGGAAAUCAGAGAUGGGGGCUACGAAAACUCACCUUCCCUGGGGAAGUUCUGUGGCUCUGAGCGACCCCCCAGCAUCCUGUCUCACAGUAACAAGCUCUGGCUAGAAUUCAGGAGCGACUCCCUGGUAAACGACUUCGGGUUCUGGGCCUCCUGGGACAGCUCUCUCACAGGUUGUGGGGGGAACCUCACCACCCACACGGGCACCUUCACUUCCCCCAACUACCCGCUGCCUUACUACCAUGGCUCCGAGUGCUACUGGCGGCUGCAGGCCAGCCGGGGCAGCCCCUUCCUGCUGGAGUUUGAGGCCUUCCACCUGGAGGAACAUCCCAACUGCUCCUUGGAUUACCUGGCUGUGUACGACGGCCCGAGCAUCAACUCUCACCAGCUCGCCAAGCUCUGCGGGACCGAGAGGCCCGCUCCCAUCCGGUCAAGCGGAGACAGCAUGUAUUUAAAACUGAGGACGGAUGAGGGCCAGCAAGGGGGCGGCUUCCUGGCUCACUACCAGCAGACAUGUGAGGACGUGGUGAUUGUGAAUCGAACCUACGGCAUCCUGGAGAGUAUCAAUUACCCAAAUCCCUAUCCCUCUGGGCGCUGCAGCUGGACCAUUCACGCCACAGCAGGCAACACUGUGAAUUACACGUUUUUAGCAUUUGAAUUGGAAAAACACAUCAACUGUUCAGUGGACUACUUGGAGCUCCACGAUGGCGUUCGGAGGAUAGGUCGCUACUGUGGGACAGACUUGCCACCUCCUGGGAAUACCACGGGCUCCGUGCUGCAAGUGCUGUUCCACACGGACGGGGUGGGUAAGGAGAAAGGAUUCCAGAUGCAGUGGUUUGUGGAAGGUUGUGGUGGCGAGUUGUCGGGACCCCGGGGCUCCUUCAGCAGCCCGGGGUACCCAGCCACGUACCCCCCCAGCAAGGAGUGCCUCUGGCGCCUCCGCACGGAGCCGGGGAGCAGCGUGCAGCUCACCAUCCACGACUUCGACGUGGAGUACCACUCCAGCUGCCGCUUCGACGCCCUGGAGGUCUACGGUGGCCCUGAUCUCCGUGCUCCCAGGAUAGCCCAGCUGUGCACCCGGAGGCCGCCAGAGUCGCCCAUGCAGGUGUCCAGCACGGGAAAUGAGCUAACCAUCCGAUUCAGGACGGACAGCAGCAUCCACGGGAGAGGCUUCAAUGCCUCGUGGCAAGCGGUCCCUGGCGGUUGUGGUGGGAUUUUCCGAGCUCCCAGGGGAGAGAUUCACUCUCCAAAUUACCCCAGACCAUACCGGAGUAAUACGGACUGUUCUUGGGUCAUUCAAGUAGAAAGAAAACAUCGUAUUCUCUUAAAUAUCACUGACCUCGACCUUGAACCUCAGGACUCUUGUAUUAUGGCCUAUGACGGUUUGAGCUCUGCAACCACCCGUCUUGUCGGUGUGUGUGGAAGACAGCCAGUGACCAACCCUAUCUUCUCCACUGGAGACAGCCUCUUUGUGAGAUUUCAGUCUGGCCCUUCCGGAGAGAGCCGGGGCUUCCGUGCUCACUUCAGGCAAGCCUGUGGUGGCUUCAUCCUGGCCAGCUCUGAGGACACGAUUGCCUCUCCCCUCUUCCCUGGCAUCUACCCAACCAACCAGAACUGCAGCUGGAUCCUUCAAGCCCAGCCUCCUUCCAACCACAUCACCCUGUCCUUCACUCACUUUGCACUGGCCGGCAACAGCAGCGCGGGGUGUGCAGGGGACUUCGUGGAGGUCUUGGAUGGAGCUCACGAGGACGCGCCCCUCCGAGGUCGCUUCUGUGGCACGUCCAUGCCCCAUCCCAUCACGUCCUUCAGCACUGCCCUGACACUGAGGUUCAUCUCUGAUGAUAGUGCCACCUCGGAGGGUUUCCAUGCCACGUUCAGGCCGUCAUCGUCCGCCUGUGGCGGAAGCUUACACAUGGCCGAAGGCACCUUCAGCAGCCCUGGCUACCCAGAAGUUUAUCCCGCCCAUGUGGAAUGUGUCUGGAACAUUGUCAGCUCCCCGGGCAACCGGCUCCAGCUGUCUUUUCUAACUUUCCAGCUGGAGGAUUCUCAGGACUGUGUCAAAGACUCUGUGGAGAUCCGGGCAGGAGGUGCCUCCGGGCCCCUGCUGGGGCGGCACUGCGGGAGCGUCCUUCCCCGCAGCUACGCGCCCACUGUCCAGCACGGCCUGUGGGUGCGCUUCCUCUCCGACGGCUCCGGCACGGGCGCGGGCUUCCAGGCCGCCUUCACUAAAGUAUUUGGCAAUGAUAAUAUUGUGGGAACUCAUGGGAAAAUCGCUUCUCCCUUUUGGCCUGGCCAUUACCCCCACAACUCCAACUACCGAUGGACAGUGAAUGUGAACGCUUCUCAAGUCAUUCAUGGUAGAAUCUUAGAGAUGGACAUUGAAAAGACACAUAACUGCCAUUAUGACAUGUUAAGGAUUUACGAUGGGGCGAGCAUUAACUCCCGCAUUCUUGAAACAUACUGUGGGUCGCAGAUAGGAUCUUUUCACUCCACGAGGAAUUCCUUGACGUUUCAGUUCUCUUCUGACUCUUCAGUAUCAGGAAAAGGAUUUCUCCUGGAAUGGUUUGCCAUGAAUGUCUCUGAUGGGAUGUUGCCUACAAUUGCUCCAGGUGCUUGUGGUGGGUUCCUGCAGACAGGAGAGGCGCCCAUCUUUCUUUUCUCCCCAGGCUGGCCAGAAAGAUACAACAAUAAUAUUGACUGCUCCUGGCUUAUCCAGGCCCCAGAUUCUACUGUUGAACUCAAUCUCCUUUCUCUGGACAUUGAGUCUCACAAAACCUGCGACUAUGAUAAGCUUGUGAUAUUCGAUGGAGACAGUUACUUGGCCCCCCAGCUGGCAGUUGUCUGUGGCAGAGAUCUCCCCGGCCCCAUCCGGUCUACUGGGGAGUACAUGCUGAUCCGCUUCGUGUCGGACAUGAGUGUCUCCAGAGCUGGCUUUAACGCAUCUGUUCACAAGAGUUGUGGUGGGUAUCUACACGCAGACAGAGGGAUCAUUACCUCUCCCAAGUAUCCAGAGACCUACAGCCCCAGCCUCAACUGUUCGUGGCACGUCCUGGUUCAAAGCGGUUUGACCAUCGCGGUGCACUUUGAUCAGCCCUUCCAGAUUCCAAAUGCAGACUCUGCUUGCAGCCAGGGCGAUUACGUGGAGCUAAGAAAUGGGCCUGAUAUCUCCUCUCCACCGUUGGGACCCCCGGGGGGAAACGGCCGUUUCUGUGGCAAUCACCCUUCAUCUAGUUUGUUCACCUCUGACAAUCAGAUGUUUAUUCAGUUCAUUUCUGAUCAUGCUAAUGGAGGUCAAGGAUUUAAGAUCAAAUAUGAGGCACAGAGUUUAGCCUGUGGAGGCAAUCUCUACAUCCACGACGUGCAAUCUUCGGGCUACGUGACCUCCCCCAACCACCCCAACAAUUAUCCCCAGCACGCUGAUUGCAUCUGGCUCAUCGCCGCUCCUCCUGGGAAGCUCAUCAAGCUGCAGUUUGAAGAUCAAUUCGGUAUUGAAGUCACACCCAACUGUACAUCCAGCUACCUCGAGCUGAGAGACGGAGCUGUGUCGGACGCACCCCUGCUUUCCAGACUCUGUGGGGACACUCUCCCCAGUGGCCAGCUGUCCUCUGGAGAGGUGCUGUACGUGAGGUUCCGGUCUGACAACAGCCGCCCACACGUGGGGUUCAAAGCCAAGUAUUCCAUAGCACCAUGCGGGGGAACCGUGACGGGGCAGAGUGGUGUGAUUGAGAGCAUUGGAUAUCCAACGCUGCCAUACACGGACCAUUUAUUCUGUGAAUGGCACCUCCAAGGUCCCCCGGGACACUAUCUCACCAUCCACUUUGAAGAUUUUAACGUCCAGGAGUCCUCUGACUGUGAGAAAGACUUUGUGGAGAUCUGGGAAGGCAGUACCUCAGGAAAUUCGCUGGGUAAAUUCUGUGGAAACGUCAUUCCUGAGAGCAUUGACACGGCUGGCAACGUGGCCCUGGUUCGGUUUGUCACAGAUGACUCUCGGACCGCCCCUGGAUUCAGGCUGCGGUUUGCAUCUAGCCUGGAAGCGUGUGGUGGGGACCUGCGGGGCCCUCUUGGAACGUUUUCCUCUCCCAACUAUCCAAACCCGAAUCCUCACUCCCGCACCUGCGAGUGGAGAAUCGCCGGGCAGGAAGGGAGGCAGAUCACCCUCACUUUUGACAACCUGAGGCUGGGAGCUCAUCCUUCCUGUGACAAUGAGCGUGUGACGGUGUUCAAUGGCCUUCAGAGAAACUCCCCACGGCUGGCAGAACUGUGCAGCAGCGUGAACGCAAGUGGCGAGAUCAGGGCUUCAGGAAACACCAUGAGAGUCGUGUUUUUCACGGACGGGUCCAGACCCUAUGGAGGCUUCCUCGCCUCCUACACGUCCAGCGAAGAUGCGGUGUGUGGCGGGACUCUUACAAAUUCCCUGGGAGGAAAUUUUACCUCUCCUGGCUACAAUGGAGUGAGUAAUUAUUCCAGAAACUUAAACUGUGAGUGGACACUCAGCAACCCCAAUCCGGGAAACUCAUCCAUUUACAUCUACUUUGAGACGUUUUACCUGGAGAGCCAUCAAGAUUGUCACUUUGAUUUCCUCGAAUUUCGAGUGGGAAAUGCCGAUGGGCCUCUGAUGUGGAAAUUUUGUGGGCCAUCAAAGCCAGCAGUCCCGCUGGUGACCCCCUACCCACAGGUCUGGAUACGCUUUGUCACCAACGAGCAAGUGGAGCAUAUCGGAUUCCAUGCGGGGUACUUAUUCACAGACUGUGGUGGAAUCCAGAUAGGGGAGAGUGGAGUGAUCACAAGUCCCAACUAUCCAGCCCCUUACGACAGUUUGACCCACUGCUCUUGGCUGUUAGAAGCCCCUCCAGGACAUACUAUUACUCUCAACUUCACUGACUUCGAUAUCGAGCCCCAUAUAACCUGCUCCUGGGACUCGGUGACCGUCAGGAACGGUGGCUCUCCUGGCUCGCCCAUCGUGGGACAGUACUGUGGCGACUCGAACCCCAGGGCAGUCCAGUCUGGUUCCAACCAGCUAGUGGUGAUUUUUAAUUCAGACCAUUCCACGGAAAGUGGUGGAUUUUAUGCAACAUGGAGCACACAGACUUUAGGCUGCGGAGGAAUCCUUCAUUCGGACAAUGGGACCAUCCGGUCCCCCCACUGGCCCCAGAACUUCCCCGAGAACAGCAGGUGCUCCUGGACUGUCAUCACGCACGAAAGCCAACACCUGGAAAUCCGUUUCCACAGCAACUUCCUGAUCCCCAGCAGGGAUGGCCAGUGUCCCAGCAGCUUUGUGAAGGUGUGGGCCGGAACCCAGGAGGCCGGCGGAGCCCUGUUAGCCACGGGCUGUGGGGACACAGCUCCGGGCACCGUCAUCACCCCAAGAAAUGCCUUCACCGCCGUCUUCCAGUCCCAGGAGGCGCCGGCCCAGGGCUUCUCUGCGUCGUUUGUGAGCCGAUGCGGGAGGAACUUCACUGAGCCAUCCGGUUACAUCGUUUCUCCGAACUACCCAAAGCAGUAUGACAACAACAUGAACUGCACCUACGCCAUUGAGGCCGGCCUUCAGUCCAUGGUCCUGUUGACUUUCGAGUCGUUCCAGUUGGAAGCUCGCUCUGCCGUGACGGGGACCUGCGUCCAUGAUGGGGUGCACAUCGUCAGGGGCCUCAGCCUCGCCGUUCCGCCGUUUGUAACACUGUGCGGUGACGAGUCCCCGGCCCCCAUCUCCCUGUCUGGCCCCGUGCUGCUGAACUUCUACUCCAACGGGCGCACCACGGACUUCGGAUUCAAGGUUUCCUACAGGAUAACCUCCUGUGGGGGACGGUUCAACUUUUCUGUUGGGGUCAUCACGAGCCCUGCCUAUUCAUACUCAGACUAUCCCAACAACGUGCACUGUCGGUACACCAUCGCCGUGAGGGACGACAGAGUGGUACAGCUCAAGUUCAGUGAUUUUGACGUGGUGCCCUCCACUUCCUGCUCCCAAGACUACCUGGCGAUUUACGAUGGUCCGAACACGAGCGACCCCCUGCUGGGCAGGUUCUGCGACUCCUCCCUCCCACCCAACGUGAGGGCCAGCGGCAGCACGACGCUCCUCGAGUUCCACACAGGCUCGUCCCAGACAGCGAGGGGCUGGAAGCUCGUCUUCCGGGAGACGCUGGGGCCCCGACAAGGAUGUGGUGGUUCCCUGACAGCUGCAAAUCAGACCUUGGCCUCUCCGAGCUCCGACGCCAGCGGGCGCUACGGCAAGAAUCUGAACUGUGUGUGGUUCCUGAGGGCGCCCGUGAACAAGCUCAUCCAUCUCACCUUCCACAUGUUUGCUCUGGAGGCAGCCUCCUUGUUCCAGAGAUGCGCUUAUGACUUCGUCAAGGUGUUCGAUGGGGCGAGCGAAGCGGCCGCCGUGGCAGGCACCUUCUGCGGAUCCUCUGUGCCCGCGCCUUUCCUCUCUUCCGGAAACUUCCUCACGGUGCAGUUUGUCAGCGACGCGACCUUGGAGAGGGAAGGAUUCAACGCCACCUACACCUUCCUGGACAGGCCUUGUGGGGGGACAUAUAACGCAACGUGGACCCCGCACAGCAUCUCCUCCCCGGAUUCUCCGAACCCCGAUGUCCCGUUUUCCGUCUGCACGUGGGUCAUCGAAGCCCCUCCCCACCAGCAGGUCCAGAUAACUGUGGAGGCUUUGCAGCUGCCUUCGCCAGCCUGCGACCGGAAUUCCUUGGUCAUUCAGGACUCGCCUUCGGGCCACGGACACCCGGGAAUUCAGCUCUGCAGCGGCAACGCCUCGGCCGCGCCCCGCUUCUACUCGUCUCUCCGCACGGCCGUGGUCACUUUCAGGUCCCCGGUCUUCAACACGAGUGCCAGGGUGUCUUUCUCCUACCAGAUUGCAGACUGCAACCGCGAGUACCGGGCGGCGUUUGGCCAGCUGCGGAGUCCGGGCUGGCCUGGGAACUACGGCCCCGGCCUGCAGUGCUCCGUCCUUCUCUCGGCCCCGCCCGGCCACAGCAUCUCCCUCUUCUUUCACGAGUUUGGCCUCGAGGACUCCAGGGAAUGCCAACACGACUUCCUGGAGGUGCGGAGUGGGCGGGACAGCAGCGCCCCGGUCCUGGGCACCUUCUGCGGGACCCUCUUGCCAAACCCCGUCUUCUCCCAAGACCACGAGCUGUCCCUGCGGUUCCGGAGCGACGGCGCGCUCUCGGGGCGCGGGUACGAGAUCACCUGGACCUCCUCGCCCUCCGGCUGCGGCGGGACUCUGUACGGGGACAGCGGCUCGGUGGCCAGCCCCGGAUACCCGGGCUCGUACCCCAAUCACACCCACUGCGAGUGGACCGUGGUGGCCCCCUCGGGCCGGCCGGUCACCGUCAGCUUCGACUUCGUGAGCAUCGAUGACCCCGGAGACUGUGCUCGCAACUACCUGGUCCUCCACGACGGGCCGGACGCGCGUUCUCCGUCCUCGGGGCCGUACUGCGGCUCGGACACUGACAUAGCACCGUUUGCGGCCUCCUCAAACCGGGUCUUCAUCUGCUUCCACGCCGAGUCCGCACUGCGCCCCUCUGCCCUCCGACUCACCUGGAACAGCUGAGCCCCCAUUGCCAGGUGGGCGCCCUCCGCGCUCAUCCUGCCGGACGUCGGGGCAGACCUCAGCCCUCUCCGCCGAGA